UGAGCCCACACCCUUUAUAAACGACCAUCUCAAUGCUCCCCCACUCAUUACUCAUCUCAUCACUCUAUUUCCUCAACCAAAAUCCUCAAAAUCAAUAAUAAGAACAACAACAAAGAAGAGACAUUUUAUCCCAUGGUCACUCAUCUCAACACUUCAAACAUCAUGAACAAAUUCCCAAUUUUGCCCCUUUUUAUUAUCCUACUAAGUCUACCAUUCAAUACCUUCUCUUCAUCAAUCCAUGAUCUUCUUAAGAGCCAAGGUCUCCCAGGUGGGCUCUUCCCUAAGAAUGUCAAGUCCUUCACACUUGACCAAGAUGGUCUAUUAGAGGUCUACUUUCACGAGCCAUGUGAGGCUAAGUUUGAGACUUUGAUUCGAUUCGAUACCGUUGUUAAGGCUAACCUUAGCUUUGGUGGCCUCAAUGGGGUUCAAGGGCUUAGCCAAGAAGAGCUAUUUCUUUGGUUACCAGUCAAGGAUAUAAUUGUAAAAGAUCCUUCUUCUGGUGUUAUCUUGUUUAACAUUGGUGUUGCACAAAAGCAACUUGCCUUCUCUCUCUUUGAAGAUCCUCCAGUUUGUAAUCCACACAGGUCAUAUAUACAAAUGCUUAUUGGAAGAAAGGAGAGAUCAAGGAUUCAACAAGUUCAAAGAUAAACAGAAAAAAGCGUCUUCUUCUCUUCCUUGUUUUAUUCCUAUAUAAAAAAAAAAAUUAAUGAAGUUCUGAGGAGAAGAAAGUGGAACAAUUUAAAAGAAAAAACUAUUCAUUUAUUUAAUGAUGGGACAAAGAGUCAGGAAUCGGGUGUUAAGUAUUUUUUGUCUCAAGAGUGUUUGUUCUCUCAAGUAUAAAGAAAUCAUAGAGAAAGAGGAAAAGAAGGAAAAGUUUGUUUAAGGUGUGCUUCUUAAUCUUCUUUUUGGUUAGAUUAAUGACCUAUAAAGAUUAAAAGCAUUUGAGUUUAGAUCUUCAUUUGAAGAUUGUACUCUCAAUUUUGAGUAGGUGUGUUUUUUUUUUAGAAGUACUAAGCAUCUCAACACACAUGAAUGCCACAAAAUCAAAUUUUGACA